AUGGAGCAGAUUGGGGCGGAAGAUACGAUGGGGUUGUCUUCAAAUCCAAAGAACCCGCUCCAUCAACCUUCAAAGUCAAGACUUGGUGGUUUUAGAACCAUGCCCUUCAUUAUAGUGAAUGAGGUUUUUGAGAGAAUUUCAAGCUUGGGUCUGAUGCCCAACAUGAUAUUAUACUUGAUGAGGGGAUAUAACAUGAAAGCUGUAGAUGGGUCUAACGUUUUGUUCAUUUGGUCUGCUGUUACCCAUGCGUUGGCCAUUUUUGGAGCUUUUCUCUCUGAUGCUUACUUGGGUCGGUUCAGGGUCAUCGCUCUCGGGUCUUUCUCUAGCCUUACUGGGAUGAUUUUACUCUGGUUCACAGCGGUGAUUCCAGGGAUGAAACCUCAGCCAUGUGAACAAUUUAAAGAUGAUUGCAACCCUGCAACACCAGCCCAACUUGCAGUACUGUUCUCUUCUUUUGGGCUAAUUUCAAUUGGGGCUGGUUGCAUCAGACCUUGUUCAAUGGCCUUUGGUGCAGACCAAUUGGAUAAAGAAAACCCCGAUAGCGAGAGGAUCUUGGACAGCUUCUUCAAUUGGUACUAUGCUUCUUCUGCAAUGUCAACAGUGAUUUCUUUAACAAUUAUCGUGUACAUUCAAGAUCACUUGGGGUGGAAUUUCGGGUUUGGAGUUCCUGCAAUUCUCAUGUUCUUCUCUGCCCUCAUGUUCUUAUUUGGUUCUUCGCUUUAUGUCAAAGAGAAGCCGAGCUCGAGCUUGUUUACUGGAUUUGUUCAAGUUCCUUUUGUGGCAUUCAAGAAUAGACACCUCAAUCCUCCUUGUGAUUCUGAUGAAUAUUACCAUCAUAGUCAUGACAAGAAGCUCACUCCAACCAAUCAAUUAAGGUGGCUAAACAGAGCUUGCAUGAUCAGAGAUCCUGGGAGAGACUUGAGCUCAGAUGGGUCAGAUCCAAAUUCAUGGAGUAUCUGCUCAGUGGAACAAGUGGAGUCCCUCAAAACCCUUCUAAGACUCAUCCCCAUAUGGUCCACAGGCAUCAUGAUCCUAGUGAGCAUGGGCCAGACUUCAUUUACCACACUCCAAGCAAACACCAUGGACCGGUACCUCACCCCAAAUUUUAAAAUCCCAGCAGCAUCCUUUGCUGUGUCCACAGUCGUCGUUCUCACGAUAUGGAUUCCCAUCUAUGACAUUGUACUUGUUCCCAUACUAGCAAGAUACACUGGCUGCCCUCGUGGUCUCAGCAUGAAAUUCAGAAUGGGAAUCGGGUUGGUACUUUCUUGCGUGGCCAUGGCUGUGGGAGCAAUAACAGAAAGCGUGAGACGGAGAAUCGCCAAUGAACAAGGCCUGGAUGAGCAACCAGCUGCCACAUUGAACAUGUCUGCAAUGUGGCUUCUGCCGCAGUUCAUCCUGUUUGGAUUCGCCGAGGCUUUUAGUGCAAUUGGGCAGAUUGAGUUUUAUUAUUCCCAGUUCUCCAAGAGCAUGUCAAGCAUUGCAGUGGCUCUCUUCACUGUUGGGAUAGCUGGUUCCAACUUGGUGGGAAGUCUUCUGGUGAAUGUUGUGAAUAGUGUCACAAGCAAAGGUGGUAAGGAAAGCUGGUUGUCAAGCAACCUUAAUAAAGGUCACUUGGAUUAUUAUUACUGGCUGAUUACCAUCUUGUGUUUGAUUAACAUCAUUUAUUUUCUUGUUUGUUGUUGGUCUUAUGGGCCUUUUGAGGAUGAAAAACCUGGCAUCUCUGAUGAGGGAGAAGCUAAUAUUGAGUAUAGGGCUUUACCUUCAUCUUGA